AGUUGGCCAGCCCAUUCAGGGGCUUAGGACGAAGCCACUACACUUUGCACCAUGAAUCCAUCACCGAUGCUCCCCGGAGAAGAGUCAGCUUUGCACCUAUGAUGUCCCUGGGGAGUUCCUUGCUGCUGUCCUCCUUGGGGCCCAGCAGGCCUUAAAGAGCCGUGAGUCUGGUUUUCUGUGUGGAGGCUCCUGUGGUCCACCUCAUAUGCACCCCAGUACCCCCAUCAGCUCCCUCUUCUCCUUCACCAGCCCUGCAGUGAAGAGACUGCUUGGCUGGAAGCAAGGAGAUGAGGAGGAGAAGUGGGCCGAGAAGGCAGUCGACUCUUUAGUGAAGAAACUAAAGAAGAAGAAAGGGGCCAUGGACGAGCUGGAGAGGGCCCUCAGCUGUCCGGGGCAGCCCAGCAAGUGCGUCACCAUCCCUAGGUCCCUGGAUGGACGUCUGCAGGUGUCCCACCGCAAGGGUCUGCCCCAUGUUAUUUACUGCCGAGUGUGGCGAUGGCCAGACCUGCAGUCGCACCAUGAGCUGAAACCCCUGGAGUGCUGUGAGUUCCCAUUUGGCUCCAAGCAGAAAGAGGUGUGCAUCAACCCUUACCACUACCGCCGAGUGGAGACCCCAGUGCUGCCUCCUGUACUCGUGCCCAGACACAGCGAAUAUAACCCCCAGCUCAGCCUCCUGGCCAAGUUCCGCAGCGCCUCCCUCCACAGCGAGCCACUCAUGCCUCACAAUGCCACUUACCCCGACUCCUUUCAGCAGCCUCCGUGUCCUGCGCUCCCUCUCUCGCCUGGCCACAUGUUCUCUCAGUCCCAGUGCUCAGCCAGCUACCCCCACUCCCCAGGAAGCCCUUCCCAGCCAGAGAGUCCCUAUCAACACUCAGACUUCCGGCCAGUUUGUUACGAGGAGCCCCAGCACUGGUGCUCGGUUGCCUACUAUGAACUGAACAACCGAGUUGGGGAGACGUUCCAGGCUUCCUCCCGAAGCGUGCUCGUAGAUGGAUUCACUGAUCCUUCAAAUAACAGAAACAGGUUCUGCCUAGGACUUCUUUCAAAUGUAAACAGAAACUCAACCAUAGAAAAUACUAGAAGACACAUAGGAAAGGGUGUGCACUUGUACUAUGUUGGGGGAGAGGUGUAUGCCGAAUGCGUGAGUGACAGCAGCAUCUUCGUGCAGAGCCGGAACUGCAACUAUCAGCACGGCUUUCACCCGGCCACCGUCUGCAAGAUCCCCAGCGGCUGCAGCCUCAAGGUCUUCAACAACCAGCUCUUCGCUCAGCUGCUGGCCCAGUCUGUUCACCAUGGCUUUGAAGUGGUUUAUGAGUUAACUAAGAUGUGCACUAUCCGCAUGAGUUUUGUUAAGGGCUGGGGAGCUGAGUAUCAUCGCCAGGAUGUCACGAGCACCCCCUGCUGGAUUGAGAUUCACCUUCACGGACCGCUGCAGUGGUUGGACAAAGUCCUGACUCAGAUGGGCUCUCCACACAACCCCAUUUCUUCAGUGUCUUAACAGCUGCGUCUGAAGCUGCAUUUCUAUAGAAUAGAUGCUGUUGCAGGCAGUUGCUUAUAUCAUUUCAGAUUUGCAACUAGCUCAAGUUUCUAAAUACCUGUGUAAAUACAUAUAAUGUAUAUUGUUCGUUUUUUUACCACCUUUUGUUUUGUGCUACCUAGUUAAUCUGGGGCCAUCACAGAAUGAUUGGAAGAGCAGGGUUUUCAAGCCUAUGCUGUUGUAAACCACUACUUUUGUGGGAGGAAAUGAGUGAAAGCAGUGUAAAUGAUAUGUGAAAGGUGUCGUUGGAGUCGAAGAUACUCUAAUUGGUGUGUCAUAUCCAGCAUGUGUGGCCUAGCAGAAAUGUGGAAACUGUCCACAUUGCAAAAAUCAGGUAUUAGUAGCACUACAGAAAGUAAUAUUUUCACAGAAAACAAAACGAUCAAACCCAUACAGUUUAAAUGAUGUCACUUUUAGUGCUAAUGGCAAGGCGGAGAAAUCAGGCUUCUACAAUGAAUUAUGUGAGGUAAACCACAGAAGCGUUAUUUCUGAAGUUGAACUGUAUACUAUAGUUGAACUACUGUGAUAUUAUCAAUGGUACAUUUAAAACUGUGAAGUGUCAUGUUGUCUCAACCUACCACUGUAAAAGUGAGUCUAAUAAGAGAAAAUACAUGUAAAAAUAGAAUGGAAUGAGCUAUAAUACCAAAUGAUAAGGUCAGUUCAGAAUUUAGUCCAAGAACCACCCAGGGAAGCUAGGUUGGAUUAUCAGAGAACCCUGCAGAUUGUUGCAACUGUGCAGUGUUCAACACUAGGAAUGAGUCCUGUUUAGGGAGGAAGCAGUGAGAUAAAAGGGUUGGACAAAACAUCACACACUUAUUUUCACCUUCUCACGUUCCCACAUUCAAGCUCUAGGGCUCCCCUAGGGUGCCACAUUUUCCUGCCUUAGGUAAAUAAUAACUAUUUACUGAUUAUUAAAACAAUAAUAAAGCUCUUGGGAAAAUCUAGAGAUAUUGUUGGAUCAAAUUUAUGAAUUAAUUAAUGUCUGUAUUGAUUAAACUAUCGACUGGUUAAAUCCGGUAGCCUCUUAAAGCUAAACCCUCCUGAAAUAGAGUGAUAAUAAUUUCAUACUUCCUCUAAUUUGGGAGAAACAGUGGUACUGAAUAGCAGCACAUCUUUUGAAAGCAUACAUAAUAUUAAAAAGCUGUUCUGUUUUUCUUUGGAUGAUAAAGGGAAAUCCCAGAAAUUUCUAGGUACUUGCUGCCCACUAAACACUGCAAUGCUUGAAAAGAUAUUUCACACCUUCUUAAAAAUGUACAAUUUAAGAUGGAAGUUAUGCUUCUGACAGUGCUUCAGUAAUCCAAGAGGCUUCUUCAUUUAUACAUCCUAUGUAGAGUUAGUGCACAUGUAGUUGUUUCUCGUCAAACUAUACUCAAGUUAGAAAGGAUCAUGUGAAAAAGAUACACGAGUGAGUUACUACUGUCACCUCUUGUACAGACUAGUUUUCACCAAUAGAAACUUUCAUAUAUAUAGUAGAAAAUAAUGAUUAUUUUUUACAUUAAAACUAGGCUGCCACUUCGUGUUUAGAAAAACCCACAGUUUACUGAUUCAUCAGCUGUGUACUGUGCACUUGUGAGUGCCAGGUACAAUAUUAGGUACCAGGAAUCAGAUGGAAAUGAGAUGGUCCCGGCAUUCAUGGAGCAGAGUCUAACAGUGAACUGUACUUGUCUUGUAUAGAUGUAUUUCAGAACUUUGAAAACAAAACAUGCAAAAUUUCUUUUGCUUGAAAAGUGUCAUUGAUUUUUUUUUUCUUU